GCAAGCUGCGCUUGUUUCUCUGGCGCUCAGGCAGGCAGUGAAGGGGGGAAAGGAGGAAGGGCAAGAGGGACGGGCAGCGACACACGGCAGGCGGAGAGAAGCACCAAAAUAACUGGAAUGAUGGUACUGAAGAGGACAUUUGGCCCAUCAAGUCCAUGAUGAUUCCUUGUAGAGCAGUCCACUGUAUCCCUUCCCCUGCUCUCUGGUAGCCCUGCACAUUAGUUUCCCUUGAUUGCCUAAUGGGAUUUUGUUUUGAUGUUGUCGUCGUGAGUCUUGCAAGGACCAGAACUUCAUCUUUACCAUGGCUCAGAUCCUCCAUCUUGAAAUUCCGAAUUUUGGGAACAAUGUCCUGGGAUGCCUGAAUGAGCAGCGGUUAAUGGGGUUAUUUUGUGAUGUCUCCAUUGUGGUCAAAGGCCAAGCCUUCAAGGCACACAGAGCUGUGCUGGCUGCCAACAGCCUCUAUUUCCGGGACUUGUUCAGUGGCAACAGCAAAAAUGCAUUUGAGCUACCCGCCACAGUGCCGCCGGCCUGCUUUCAGCAGAUCCUUUCCUUCUGUUACACCGGCAAACUUACAAUGGCAGCCAGUGAGCAGCUGGUGGUGAUGUAUACAGCAGGCUUCUUGCAAAUACAGCGUAUUGUUGAGAAAGGGACUGAGCUGAUGUUCAAAGUGAGCUCCCCGCAUUGUGACUCUCAGACGACCUCCAUUGAAGAUGCUGGCUCUGAGCCACAAAGCCCUUGUCCCCUCCAGCCACCUGCCACCUUGACCGUUGUGUCCCCAGCUUUGCCCAUUCCACUGCUUUCCCGGGUGAAGAGUGAGCACUGUGAGCCAGAUUUGAUGGCACCUGGCAUUCAUGCACUCACAACAAAACGCUCACUGGAGCCUAGCCAGCGUGAAAGUGCAGGUAACCAAAACUGUGUGACUCCUUUGAAGCUGCCCAGAGUUUCCUAUCCUGGAACAUGGGGUGCCACGACCUUUGUACAACCAGUAAACUAUGCUCCAGCAGAACGUACAAGUCCAGGUGGAAGCAGUAAUCAGACAACAGAUAGUCCAACUUCUUACCAUAAUGAAGAGGAGGAAGAUGAGGAUGAAGCAUACGACACUAUGGCAGAAGAUCAGUAUGGACAGAUGUACAUCAAGGCAUCAACAGGAUACCAUGCACAAGAGAAAGCUGGACAGUUAACAAAUCACGUGACAGUUGAAAAUCGCUCUUGUGUGCUUGUUCGUCGUGAUCUAGUUGCACUUCCUGCUAGCCUCAUCAGUCAGAUUGGUUACAGAUGUCACCCAAAGCUAUACUCAGAGGGUGACCCUGGUGAGAAACUAGAACUUGUCUCAGGUUCUGGAGUUUAUAUCACCCGAGGUCAGCUGAUGAACUGUCACCUGUGUGCUGGGGUCAAACACAAGGUGCUCCUCCGCCGUCUGCUUGCCUCAUUCUUUGAUCGCAACACAUUGGCAAACAGCUGCGGCACUGGGAUCCGUUCCUCCACCAGUGACCCCAGUAGAAAACCUUUGGAUAGCAGGGUCCUGAAUGCAGUAAAAUUAUAUUGUCAGAAUUUUGCUCCCAAUUUCAAAGAAAGUGAGAUGAAUGUGAUUGCUGCCGAUAUGUGCACUAAUGCUCGACGAGUUCGCAAGCGCUGGCUGCCUAAGAUUAAAUCGAUGCUGCCCGAUGGGGUGGAAGUGUACCGCACUGUUAUUGGAGAUGCAGGUGGCGGAGACAGUUUGGACCCAGAGCUGUAUGGAACUGGGCUGGCAUUUGAACAAAGUAGUCAAGCUGAGAAGCGUAGUGAUCCUGGAACUGUACUCGGUGAAAGAACAAAUCCUGUAAGCAUAGAUGUGGAGUCCCCCAGCUCCAUCCAGUCAUGUGAACAGAAUGAAAUGGUGGAAUCGGUAAUAAGAGAAGCUGCUGGCACUAAUAAUUUGGCCCCUGACACGCCCAACACAGGUUCCACUCUUGAUCAAGAUGAAGCUUCCUCCAAUAAUAGAUCUGAAACAGCCAUGCGAAAACUAGAUGGAACAUAUGCAGGGACCUUGUGAAGAUUUCCACCAUCAGAAGAAAGUGCAUCAUGUUAAUUGAAAUGGCUUGCAUGCUACUAACCCUCUCAACAUUUGGCAGUGUUAUUAAGCCACUGACCUGUACCUGUUGCCUGAAGACAUGACUUUUAUCUUACCUGUAUACAAUUUGCCAUGAAGGAAUGAAGACGCCUUUUUAACAGUGAAAUAGAUGUUUCUAAUUCAACUUGUCUUGCCGGGGCGACAGAGUUUGUAAUCUCCCCAUCGAAGGCCACAAUUAUGGAACAGCCAGGGUGAUUUGAAAAUUGCCUUUAAUGCUGGUGUAUAUAUAGUCCUGAUUUAGCACUGUUGGUCCAUUAACAGACUCUUAAAUGGAACUGACCUCCUAAAAACACACUAACUGUGAUGGGAUUGAAAUAGAAUUUAAAAGAAAAUUGUCAUCAUCCAUGUAUCAAUAUCUGCUCUCUCAAGCCAUGAUGGCCAAGGUUACUACCACAGUGUGCACUAGCUUAUCUAGCUGGAAUUCAAUAUUUAGCAUAAUCUGACUGAUUAUAUUUUUUUCAGAUGCAUAUAUAAAUGUAUGUAGCUAUAUGUGAUGCUGUAAGAAGAUUGACUGAAUGACAUUUGGCUCUGAACAAAUCUUGAAGAUUUCCAUUGAUUGCUGGUAACACUUUGAGCAUUUUUACCCUGUCAGAGGGCAGCGGUGUUAGGAACACAGGUUGGGCUUUAAUCCUUCACUCAUUCCUUGAAGUCAAGUGGUACUUACUGUUGGGGUGGGUUGGGGUGAUGGGGAAGAAGUCCAAACUGAAUCUUUAAAAAGAGCAUAAAGACUUAAGUUGUGUAGGGUGUUUGCAUGAUAUGACAAGACUGAACAUUGAUCAUGCUUAAGACAUAGAUUGUCAUAAAAUGUUACUUAGAUUGUAGACAUGCAGAACCAUGUGCCUUAGAUAUUUGAUUUACUCUUCCUCCCAAGAAAGAAUAAUCUCAUCAUAUUUUGCUGAUUAUUUUGUUAAUUGUAAAAGAGUGCCCAUAAUAUUUAAGUGAAUUAACAGUAUUUAUGUAUAAAUACAGAUUUGUUCACCAACGUGUGAAUUUUCCAAAUAGUUCCUCACUUUAAGCAGCACCGGCAUGAACCAUGCCGUUAAUGUGACUGUUGGCUAAAUGCACUUAGUGGAAAAUAUUUUCGUUUUGCUGUGGAUGAAACUGAUCAUUCCCUAACAAAAGAUUGCAGAAGUGCCAUUUGAAAGCUUGGCUACAUAACCCUUACAGCUUGAAUAUUUUGGGUUACACUGUUCUGAUGCACUUUAUUGUACAUGGUAGGUUAUCAAAAAUUCUCAUCAAUCAAGCAUGUUCUAAAAUAGUAAUAUUUCCUAGCCGCUCUGCUUUUAUUUGUGAAGAUGAGUUGUCAAGUUGAUUAAAUCAUUACUUAUAUUUGCAUUACUAAAACAAGAUCUUAGUAAUUUCUCCAUACGGGGAUAACAAUGAUGUCAUUGCUUGAACACUCUUCAGAAUACUGAUUUUCCUGCUUGUGGUUCAUUGACAUUUGAUUAACAUCCUCCCUCCCUCCAGACUCAUGUUGUUAGAUCACUGAAUAAAGUCAUGGGGCAGUCUAGUACAUUUCCUUUUCCUUUCCUAUAAAAGAUUUAUAAUUGUUUAUUGCAUAUAAUCAUUAGUUUAAUAGCUAAACUUGAUGCCCUGAGACAACUUAUCAGUGUUAUUCAGUCUAUCUUGGUGUGCACUUCUGUUCAGAGGUUAGACGGUCAGCUGCUGAUAUAUUGCUCCAAAAAUGCCAUACUUUUAAUGCCCUCCUUUUGAGAGGAAGGACUGAAGUAACAUUUUCAUCCUGCCUUUCAAGCUGUCAGAAGCUGUUCCAGCCUCCCAUUUCUUCUAUGCUUCUCUCCAACCCCCCCCCCCCCCACCCCUAGGAGUUAAGAUUGAAGAGUGAGCCUGUGCCUUCCUGCUCUAUCAUCCCAAUCCCAAUAGACUGAAUGCUAUCCAGUCCUCUGUUCUGGUGUUCACCUUUCAAAGUGAUACGCUACCACUUCUGCACUGUUGAUCUGAAUGUAGGUCUGAACUAAUUGAGCUGUUGGGAAGCCCAAAAGAUUCCAUUUGGAAAGUCUAUGGAGAACCAAUUCAACUACUCUCAGUACUGCUUCUGUACACCCUUUUUUAUUUGGGCAGGAUGAGCACACAAGUGUGGGAAAGUACUACUUUGUCUUCCCAGGGAUUGAGUUUUUCUGCCAGGUUGAAUUUAAUGGUCAACUAGCAAAUUACUUUUGGGAAAAAACAAUUUGCAUAUUUAAAACAUAAGUCUCAAAAGAGAGGAACCUCUACUCCACAUUGUGGAACUUUCCCAUUGAGCUUAUUGGACCUGUUCACCUCGUCUUCCUGCCCAUCAAUGCAGUGGUUUAAUGGUGGCCAUUCCUUUUGUGGGAUUUGGAUGCCCUUCUAAUAGUGCUGGUGUAACUCAUUUUGUUAAAUUCGCCCUUUCUUCUGUAUGUUCUCACUAUCUUGCAAGCAAUCACCACAAUCCCAGCAUGACAAAGGCAUGUUUCAGACUGAAUUGCUAACCUUGAGCUAAAUUGCCCAGCACAAUAACAAACCCUCAAUUUGUUGUAGAGAACGUUUGUGAAACUUGCCAUUUAGAAGAAAAUUGGACAAACGAUGGAGCAACUUUGUCAGAAAUAUAACCAAGUAUAGACGCUGAAACUUUCAAAGUAAAUGUUAUGCCUUAAUCCUUUAAGCUUGCAUUCAGUUCAUUAGAAAAGGAAGAACUGUUUCAGCUGGAGGAACAAUUGUUGUCUCCAGUGCAAGAUUCAGGAACUACAAAGUACAUGCUUUCCAGUUUCAGUAUUGCACAGUGUCUGUUUUCAACCAUUGGAUUAACAGGGCACCUUCACAUUUCCAGAGGAUUAUUUGUAGAAAUUGUUACUGCUUUGACUUUUGACAAUUUUGAAGAUUUCUGUAGUACUGAAUAGCACUGGGCUAACAAAAAUUAACUCCUAAAAGAUGUAUUUCUGAAAAAUACAUGAACUGAACACAAUUAGUAUUUUCUGGCUAUACUGUUCAGGAAAGUGGCUUUGUCACAUACUUUAUCCUUUCAGGCUUAAUAAUCGCAGAUUCACUGAGGAAAAUAUUCAGUAGAGUAGAAAGGUUUUUUAGAAAUGAUUUUGUUAUAAGCUUGCCUCUUUUGGCCUGAGGCAAGCAGUCUUGCAUUACAUUUCAAUAUGGGCUAGUGUCCUGAUUUAGGAGAUGGAGGCUUUAUGCAACCCAAUGGUUUGUCUCCAAGAAAUUCCCUGUGCCAAAAGCUUUGAAGUUAAAUGGUGCUUUGCUAUGUUGGGACUGGAUGGAUGUGAUCAUUUGAUCCAUAAAGUGCAAGUAAUUUGAAAUAUGACUUUAAAAUGUCAAAACAAGCGCAACUUGGUGAGCAUGAAUUGUGGUGUAGGAGGGUUUUUAAAAAAAAAAUCAGUAUGAUUGAAUACAAUUGACAGUACUGAAGUAUCUUUGUGGUUAUGCUGAAAUGGUUUUGGAAGGAUGUUAACCUACACAGGUUUUUCUUAGAGCUGAUUUUUGGGAGUAGUGAUGAUGAAAAACAACAAUUGAAAUGAAAUAAAUGCAGCUCUAAAUUCAGCAACUCUCAUUUUGACAUGAGGGUUUUUUUUGAAUCCUUCAAUUCCCAAGUGUAAGAAAACUAAUUUUUAACAAAAUAUUCUUCAGUUAACUGCAGAGUAUCAGUGAAAUUGCACUAGUUAAACUACAGUGAUCAGGGAUGAAAAUGAAAACUAAACAGCUUCAAAUUUCUGGCAUUGAAUACUAGGGAUAAAAUGGUGGGUGGUGGAGGUGGCAUGACAAAGGAGAGAAGAAUGAACAAACGAGAAGGACAUCUAGUGGACUUUGACAAAAAUUUGGAGAAAAUUGAUUGUGAAUUACCUGAAUUGGCAUUUUCUAACUGUCCUACUGCUAGACUACUAAUCCUGAUGGGAUCCUAUUGAAGGAUUUUCUGAUUCUAACAUUUACAGGAUCUAAAAAUUGUCCCUCUUAGUUUUCUGAAUUCACCAAUAGAAUUUCACAAGUCUGAUUCAGUAGAGAAGUAUUUUCACAUGCUGUGAAAAAGGGUGCUUUUUCUGCAUGCACUUGUGAAGCAUGUGAACCGACUAAUAUUUUUAAUCCAAAGUUUAUCAAAUUUCACAUGCUGAUUUGUUAGGAAGGUGCAAUGUUGUGCACAGUUUUAGGCUUUUUGCUCUACAAUUUUGUUUAAAAAGUAAAAAUCGCAGAAGAUGACAUUUAUGAAAAUCACUAAAUGCAUGUGUUAGAUGAUAACCCAUGUAAAUAUCUUACAGAUUGUCUUCCAAGAAUCUUUAACUUUGAAGGCUAGAAAUUCUGGCUGACAUUUAUCAGCAAAGUCUAGGUCUUUUUAUCAGCAGUUUCCAUUUGGGAGCCAUUGCAUUCCUACAAACAGUUGGUAACUUCUGGCCUUUUUGAGAAUGUGUAUGCAUGAUAGCAUUUCGGCAUCAAGAAACGCUAAUCGUAAAGUCUUUUAUUUUGAAAUUGCCUUUUGUAUUUCCAACAAAACUCUAACAGGAACUUUAAACUGCUGAUCUUCCUGAUUUGGUCCUGUUCCUUAACUGCUGGAAUUCUUUACUGUGGGCGUUUGCAGGCAACAGACUGCGUUUUUGCUUUCAUCCACAUAACUAAUGUGUGAAACACAAGCUUUUUAGUGAUUCUUCUAUUUUAUUAUUUUAAAGGUACAAGAUACAGAUGCUUUUGACUUUUGAGAAUCACAAAUGUUAUUGAUUUGAAAGUUGUGUAUUUUAAAUGUAUUGUAGAUUUAAGAAAAUAAUUGGUGUCCCAAGGAUUUUGUCAAAAUUGUUAAUUGAAUUGUCGUGGUGUGAAAGCUUAGAAUUGUAACCAUGAAUCUGUUCAAUCUGGUUUUCAAAUGCAUCUGAACAGGGAAGCUUCUAAGAUAGAGACAAAGUGAAGAAAUCUCUCUAGAUCUGCUGAAUAAACAGGAUUUGGUAUGGUUAGCAGAAGAUAUGCUGUGAAAUCUAAUCAUUUGGAGUUAAAGAUAGGUUGGUUUGCUGUUGAAUUAUUUCACUAUUUCUUUUAUCCCUUUUGACCCCCCUCUGCGCAGCUUGUAUCUUCUGGCACAGCCAAUAUUAAUGUGCUUCAGCUGCAUCCCUGUUCCCACCUAGCAUCCAUCCACUGCUGAAGGGAGAUCAGCAGGAAUCCUCACUAAACAUUAUCCCUGUUGUCCCAAGUCAACUCUGCUGUUAUGCCUGAGAGAGCAAUUGAACAUAGCACAGCAUCAAACAUUCCUUGCCUCCCAUUCCAUGUUCCGUCAUGAAUAAUUGGAAAAGCUGUCAUAUCUAGAAUGUGAACAACUGUGAGGAAGAAUUUAGGAAAGUAAUAAUUUCCAAUAUUCUUAAGGUGUGAGGGGUAGAAAAAAAAAUCCUGCAAGCUUGUUUUUAUUUAAUACUAAGCUGGUGAUUAAACACGGACACCCAUCACACCUACUCCAACCAAAGCAGUUCAUUUAUUUAAUAACUUCCUCUUGUAAACUGAGAAAUGCUCUGUCCUUGUACUGCAGUCAGUCCCUCUAAUCAAAAUUUGAUUUGAAAACCCACAGCAAUAGGCUGACUGCAUUUUUCCCUUUCUUAUAAUCAGGACCACACUCUUGGCCCUAAUAAUAUGUAUGUAUAAAUAUUGUGUUCAUAAAAAUGUUCAUCACACUAACAAAAAUAUUAACUUUUUGUUUAGGAAUUGAUCAUAAGCACUUCAUGGUCUGUGACCAUGUCUUGUAUAAACAUGCUUCAACAGACUGACCCAAAACCUCUUCCCUGCCCAUCAGUGCAAUUUCUGACUGAGCAAAUGCCACAAGAAAACAGUCGAUUGAAAUACUUAGAGGCUGGGUAGCAUCAAGGUUGCAGUCUGUUGUAAUCUUUUGACACUCCCAUGCAGGACUGAGGGACUAUUGGAAGUACUAUCUUUCAGGAAAGGCAUUAACCCAACCAUUUUUGCUUAAUUUAAUGUUUGCCUGUGAGGAACUUUAGGAUGCCCUGAGAAAGAGAUCCUAUUUCUAUUUUGUGCUAGAGUAUGGAAGAAUAUUCAAUUUUUAUGGAAUGUCUUCCAUGUCUUGGAGGAUUUUCAAAGCAUUCAUGCUAAUCUGUUUUCAUUUUGCUCACCCUGCCUCUUUGAAGUUUGUGAAGCAGAUCUAUUCAAACAUAAAUGCAGUUUUAAUAGCAACAACAUUAGAGAAACCCCUCUGCACCAAAGCAAACAAUAAGGCUUCAAGCUUGUUUUAACAAACUUGUCAGGAUGGAAGAAAUGUUCUAUGUUUCUGUAUACUUCUCUGGUUAAAGCUGGGAAAGAUGUUCAUUGUGCAAAAAGAAUUUAAGAUUUGCCUGACCUGCUGCAGGUUUGUGAAAAUUAGUUAUUUUUAAAUUACACUGUAAAAUGUCUGAGCCAUUUCAAUGCAUUUGCACCUUUAAGUUCUAGGAAAGAUUGUAUAGGUAGAGUUGCCUUACUGAAAAUGGCACUGUUGGGACUGUUACUCCAGCAAGAUGACUGUUAAAUUCUGGGACUGUUUCUAGAUUUGGCCAAGAUUUAACGUGUUCAAUAAAAGUAACACACUUGAACUGA